AUUUGGAGCCCAACUCGAGUCACACGCAGCCCUACUUAACUAUCUACUCUUUUCUGGAGCUCUCUGAGAUAUCUCCUCCCCCAGUGUGUUUGUACUAAUUUCAUCAGGUUUUUAUCAUUGAUCGCAGUACAAGUUUAACAGAAUGAGUGCAGUAAAUGUUUCUGCUGAUCUGUCUUCUGAAAUGGAAGUAGAUGCUUUUCGGCGUCUAUUCCCUUUGCGCUUUUAUGAGCGCCAUCUGCUUGAAUCUAUAAGACCUGAUGCCAGGCCUCUUGAAAAAGCUAGAGAUACAACUUUAGCCCUAGGAGCUGUGGCAUCUGCUGAUGGAUCUGCGCUAGCAAAGAUCGGCCUCACUACUAUGUUGGCUGCAGUUAAAAUGGAAGUCAUGACACCUACAACUGAAUCACCAGAUGAGGGUUGCAUAGCUAUUGAUUUUCAUAUGCCUCCAAUUUGUUCUCCAAUGGUUAGACCUGGAAGGCCUGCUGAGGUAGCAACUGUUAUUUCUAAGCAAUUAUCAGAUACCAUCGUAAGUUCUGGCAUGAUUAAUUUGAAGGAUUUAUGCUUGGUCAGGGGAAAAGCUGCUUGGAUGGCCUAUCUGGACAUAUAUUGUUUGGAUGCUGAUGGUGCUCUAUUUGAUACUGCAUUACUUUCUGCUGUUGCUGCCUUUUCUCAUCUGACAAUUCCUGUAGUUUCCUUAAAUGAUGAUGGAAGAGUUGUUGUUUCUGAGGAGACUGAGGGUCAAAAGAUGGAUAAUGAGCCAGUUAAUAAAGAUAAAAGAAAGCUCGAAUUGAACAGCAUUCCUUUUUCAUUGACUUGCAUACUUCACAAGAACUAUGUCCUGGCAGAUCCCACAGCGGAGGAAGAGUCUGUUAUGGAUACUCUUAUGACUGUUGUAUUGAAUUCUUCUUGUCAACUCGUGUCUCUACACAAGCCAGGGGGAACAUUUCUUGCGUAUAAUGCAGCUGUUCAGGAUUGCAUUGCAUUAGCAAGACAAAGAGUGAAAGAACUUCAGAGUAUCUUGACUGAAGCAAUUUCUGAUAUGGAGGUGGACUAAAUAAAAGUAGAUGGUCUUCAGUAUAGACCUCAGUUUUUAGUUCUCUCUCUAGCAUCCGCUAUAAUCUAUUAUGGUGUUGUAGAAGCUUCAGUUUUGUUUGCAGAGCCCUGAGCAGAUUUUUCUAUUAUUAAUAUUAAUGUAACUAUAGCUGAAAAGUGUUUUUCU